AUGACCAGAUCUAUGGUUUCCGACGUAAUUCGAGACUUGGAGCAUUGUUGUAGCAAUGGUGGCCAAAUGACUGAGACUAAUCAAGAAAAGGAAGAGGACCAAGAAUGGGCGGCAUUGUUGACUCAGUUGGAUGUCUUGUCCAAGAAGGUCAUGCAAUUGAAGGCAAGGUCCAACAAGAAGGACAACGAGAAGCCUGAAGUCGUCGAAGGCACUCACCAACUCGCCGAAAGACUUCUUGAUCGCCUUUUGUCUGCACCCCUGAAUCCAUUUUGCACUGGAGACUACUCCCGAGACGUCUCUAUUCCUUCAUGGGCUCAGGGAUUUUAUGGAGCUGUGAAGACCUUUUUGGUAGACACACCUGUGGCAGCCCCUAGUGGACCUACUACUUCUGUUGAUGUGACUCUGGGCACUGAUUCCCAAGAUCAAAGUCAUGCACUGGGCAGUGAUGCCCCGACAGAUGGAGUAACCAUAAAAUCUAUGAGAUGUGAUAAAAGACCAAGGGAUGAAGCAGUCGAAAUGGUCAAUGAUCCCCUAAAGUUCAUGAUCACGGAUAAAACCCCACCACUACUCAUGGCUUGGUGGAACGAUAUGCAUGAGUUUAGGCGAACUGAGAUAUUCAAACAUCUUGGUUUCCUCACAGAUAUCAUGAGAUUUAGUCUUGACAGAGAUUUGAUCGAGGCUUUGAUCCCUUUUUGGGAUUCUAGAAGCAAUGUGUUUCGCUUUAGCGAUUUUGAGUUGACGCCUACAUUAGAGGAGUUGGGUGGUUUCACAGGGUUAGGCAAGGAUCUCCGAAGCAAAACACUCAUAGCCCCAAGAAACGUCAGCAGGAACAAAUUUUUAGAACAAAUGCACAUCAUCUAUCCUCAUAAGGAGUGUUUCGAUAAUGAGUUGGUUUCCUUGGAAUUUCUAUACUCAAGAUAUGAAAGAAAGAAGGAUUUUUAGACUACGGGAAGCAACUUAAAAAUGGGCAACACCUCCCUACUUGGGAAAAACAUAGACAAGAAGCAUUCAUGGUGGCCUUUUUGGGAACCAUGA